UCUCAUUCUCUCUCUCCACAUCUAUAUAACAAGAUAUAAUCAUUCACUUCUUCUUCAACCGGCAUCUUUCUCCUCCACAAAAAUUACUUACAGCUCUGUCUUAAUCAAAGAGAUUGAUCUUAGAGAGUUUGUCAAGUUUGUGAGAUGGAAAUGGUGUCUGGAAAAGUGGUUCAAGGUUGCCCCAACGCAGGCAAUCCUUUCCAUGAGUGUACUGCAAUCUGUUUAGAGAUACUAAACUCCGGAAAUGUCCACAAGAAGGAAAAGAAACUCUUUGGGUUUGGUAAGAGAACUCCAAGCAGGGACACUCCUACAGGCAGUCCGGCUCGUGGAAGCAGAUCACCUCUUGCCAGCUAUUUUGCCAAGAAGAAGGUUGAAUCAGACACUUCACCUUCCACUGAUCACACCAAUGGUAACUUCUUCAGCCGCUUGUCCCCCCUCCAGGGACUCCCGUCCCAACUCAAGAACGAGCCUACAAACAAUAUGGACUCGCUCCCUAUGUCGCCUUCUCUGGCAGGAUACUCAGGGGGAGACUAUUUUUCAAGGAGGGAUGAUCAGCGUGGAGGUGAGGAUAAUGAUAUAUACUCUCCAAGGCCCUUUGGAACUCAGCCUAGGACGCCUGAACACCCUCUUAGGACACCUCGGCAUAGGCCCCACACACCCAAACACAGCUCUGACACUAGGCCGUGGGCUCACCAAGAGGACCCUAUUUCACUUGAAACAAGGCCGAGGACCCCUGAACGUGUAUCCAACACCUCUGAUACUAGGCCGAUGACACCCAUACAUGACUCUGCUGCAACAGCAAGGCGGCCCCAAACGCCAGAAAAUAGGACGAGGACUGCACAACAUAGAGGGAGGUCACCUGAAUUCAUGGCCAGAUCCCCGGGGCCAAGGUCCAAGACUCCAGAGCCUCAGCCUACCUACUUUGAACCAUUGUCAAGGACUCCGAAACAGCGGUCCAAGACACCUGAACCCAGCCCUAGAAUUCCCCAAACUCACCCCAUAUCCCACAGAUCCCUUGACAAUGCAACUCUUCAAACGCCUCGGGCAGCUGAAACUAGGCCAAGGUUACAUGAAAGUAGGCAAAAAACUGCAGUCCAGAAAGGAAAGUCACCUGAUGCCAGGGAAAAAAUCUCACAAACGUCUUCUGAGAUGGGUCAAAGAUCAUCUCAGGCCUACAAUUAUCUUGGGAGCAAAGCUGAAUCGGUUUACAUCGAGAAUGACGAUGAAUCGGUUCUACUCUAUCCAGAACUCAUUUUGUCACCUCAAGAAAGGCCACAAUCUAGACCCAUUACGCCUAGUCGCCGUGGAUAUGAAACUCCCACCAAUCAAUUGGAUGAGUGUGCGAGCUCAGAUGACGAUAAAUUUUCAUUUGUGGAUGAUGAACACGACGAUAACUCUGUUUGGCGUUACCCUGAGAUCACACAAAAAUCUGGAAGGAACACGCCCAUCCAUCACAAAUCCCCAAGCAAACAAGAUGAAUCGCAGAGCUUCAGUCUAAUAAUUAAGGAAAAUGAAACAAGAGAAGAUGGGCAGUCCACUCAGUCCGAGUCUAUCGUUUCUGUGGGAGAUUACAAAGUCAGAGCGAGCGUCUCGGCUACUCUUGAGCAAAUCCUAGACAAGCACGGUGACAUUGCAUCUGCUUCCAAACUACAUUCGCUUGCCACGAGAUCCUACUACCUCGACAUGCUUGCCUCCGUGGUCUUCGAACUCCAGACGACGCCCUUAAAGCAUCUCAAGGAGUCCCGCGUGGUGGAAAUGCUAGCGAUUGUUAAAGACAUUGAGUCCGUGAAAAUCAAGGUAGAUUGGCUCAAGCCCGUCCUGGAGGAAAUCGUUGAGGCGGUAAAGCAUUACGACCAGCACAAGAUGAGUCAAACGGAGAAAGAGGUGUGCCAAGGGGAUGUGUUGCUUGUGAGACAAGAAAUGGAGAAACAGGGGAAAGAGCUGAGGGAGAAGGAGAAGAAGCUGAUGGAGUGGAGAGAGAGAGCGACCGAGAUGGCUGGGAAGCUGGGAAGUCUGGAUAUGAGAAAAGCGCGUCUCGACAAGAGAUUGGCGUUUCUCAGUUCCAAGGUGGGCAAGUUUCAGGGUGAAUCUCUUCUUCAAGACAUCUUGUGACAAAACCAAUUACUUCUUCGGAAAUUAUUUUGUUCUUAUCAACCAUAUACACAAAGUAAUUAACAUUUGUUUUGGA